UGCCAUUCGACUCUGGGUUUGAUGCGGAGAUGAAAUACUCGGUGACCAGCUCACUGUAGACUUCCCUACGAGCUGCUCAACAGCACAACUUUUAAUACCCGCUGAGCGGCUAUCCUGCUCACUUAACCAGAGACCAAACAAGAGACAUUUUCCUUCUGUUCCAGUCUUAAUUCUUCCUGUAAAACCAGGCCAGGCUAGACCUGUCGCGCAAUAUCCCCCACCACCUUUCGUGGAUUUUUUUCCCCUCCCCGCAGCCAAAACAGUCUGGUGCUUGAAGGUGGGGGAGAGAGAGAGAAAAAAAGAAAUAAAACAAAACGCACUUUAGCGAAUUGUUUUUCCGAACAUGACGAGAAGAUGUGGGAGAAGGUGUGAACCGACUGAUAAUGAGGAUUAACCCUGCAACAAACAGAUGUGCAGUGAGGUGCCCUGGUUGCGGAUUCAACCUGCUCGGUCAUCGAGCUGAGGGGGGAAAUUUGGGAGAAGUCGUGUGGAGCACAAAGAGCCUAUUAAAUCCGAGGACACAACAAGUUUCAGUCAUGCAACCCCUGUGCUGACAGAGGACUGAGGUUGGAGAGCAGCUGCGACACCGUGCUUUGUUUCCAGACUGUUGUUUUCUGCCCAGACUUUCACCACAACACAAAGUUGAACGAUACGGAGAAGUUUCCAGCCUGUCAGUCGGUAAUAACGCUCGCCGUUAAAGGAGCUGUUAUGAGACUGGUCUUCAUGCUCACAGUCGACUGAUAACUGCACUUAGCUUGAGUGUAUUUUUUCCCCCCUCUACCGCAGUGUUUUUGACCACAGUGUGAGGCUCUCUGAACUGAAGUCCACUUUAAAUGCGGACUGGUUUGCGGUCAGUGAGUGCACAGCCGAGCUGCCGGUGCCACUUGAUCUUUAAUUCAAGGCAAAUCAGAAACAGUCGCUUCAUUUUUUAUCAUUUAGCAACACCGCUAUGGAGCUGACAUACUGGAGCAUCGUCCUGUUGGGGCACAUCAUCCUCCUGAACUGGGCUCAUCUGGCUUCUGCAGUGGAAGAGGUCCUGAUGAACACCAAGACAGAGACUUCUGAUCUCAAAUGGACCAUCUUCUCGCGUGCCAAACCCGAGUGGGAGGAAGUGAGCGGCUUAGAUGAGGAGAACAACAGCGUGAGGACCUAUGAGAUCUGUCAGAUCGACAGCUCAUCCAGCCACUGGCUGCGCAGCGGCUUCAUCCAGCGUCGAGGAGCAUCUCAGGUUUACGUGGAGCUGCGCUUCACUAUGAUGGAGUGUUCCUCCACGAGCACCCACCACCGCAGCUGUAAGGAGACCUUCAACCUCUACUACUACCAGGCAGACUCCAACGAGGCCACGGCCACUUACCCACCCUGGAUGGAGAACCCAUACACCAAGGUGGACACAGUGGCUGCAGACUUUCUCCUGAGGAAGGACGGGGAGCGGAAAUUUAAUGUGAAGACCUUAAGACUUGGCCCUCUGUCUAAGAGAGGCUUCUACUUGGCUUUUCAGACUCAGGGCGCCUGCAUGGCUCUGUUGUCCGUCAGGGUGUUCUUCAAAAAGUGUCCCCCCCUGGUCAGUGCUCUUUCCUCUUUCCCUGAGACUAUUCCCCGCACUCUGGUGCAGGAGGCGCAGGGCGAGUGCGUGGAGCAUGCUUCCCAGCAGGGGCCCCGACCUCGGCCCCCUAAGCUCUUCUGCGGGGAAGAUGGCCAGUGGGUCGGCCAGCCGACGACCUCCUGCGCCUGCUUACCGGGAUUUGAGCCCACUGAGGGACACACUCGAUGCACAGCCUGUCCUGUGGGUCAGUUCAAGUCAGGCACAGGAGGACAAUGCACAGGCUGUCCGGGAUUCAGCCACGCUGCCACUAAGGGUGCUUCGGUGUGUGCGUGUCGCCCUGGAUUCCUACGUGCCGAAUCGGACCCUCCCGAAACUCUGUGCACUAAACCUCCAUCAGCCCCACGUAGCAUCAGCUACCAGAUCAACGACACCACACUCAGCCUGGAUUGGAACGAGCCUCUGGACAGUGGCAGCCGAACAGACCUGAGCUACGCUGUCAGGUGCUCCGUGUGCAGGUCGCCCAAGGGACCGUGCCUCCCCUGCGGAGACAGCGUCAGCUACCGCCCAUCACAGCACGGCCUGCUGGGUCGCAGGGUGGAGGUGUGGGGCCUGCUGCCACAAACCACAUACACCUUUACCAUCCAGGCGCUCAACGGGGUGUCUCAGCUCAGCGGCAAGGACCCUGCCAGCGAGAGUGUCAACAUCACUACAAGCCAUGACGUGCCAUCGCUGGUGUCUGUGAUUCGGAAGAGUGACUCCACGGAGAGCAGCCUGACUCUGCACUGGUCAGUCCCAGCUCAGCAGCACUACACCAUCCUGCAGUAUCAGCUACGCUACUGUGAGAAGGAGCGACGUAGCGAGGAUCAGUGCCACUACACGGAGAGUAACAGAAACCAGGCUGUGCUGACAGACCUCCGCAGGGCCACUCAGUAUGAAGUGCAGGUCCGGGCACGCACCAAAGCUGGUUAUGGCAGCUUCAGUCCUGCAGCCAUCUUCCGCACCCUGCCUGAUGGACACGACUCCUCCCAGUUCUUGGUACCUGGCAUCCUUAUCGCCGUCGGGAUGCUGCUGCUCGUCACUUUCGUCUUUGUGGCCGCUUACUGCAUACGCAGACACAGCCGAAUAAAGGAUCCUGAGCUGAGCGACAAAAACAGCCAGUACCUCGUUGGCCAAGGGGUCAAGGUUUAUAUCGACCCCUUCACCUAUGAGGACCCUAAUGAGGCGGUGCGAGAAUUUGCCAAGGAAAUCGAUGUUUCCUUUGUCAAGAUUGAGGAGGUUAUCGGUGCUGGAGAGUUUGGCGAGGUGUGUCGGGGACGGCUGAGGAUCCCGGGGAAAAAAGAAAACUACGUGGCAAUAAAGACGCUAAAGGGAGGCUACACCGAAAAGCAGAGACGGGACUUCCUGUCUGAGGCGUCCAUCAUGGGCCAGUUCCAGCACCCCAACAUAAUCCACCUGGAGGGAAUCAUCACAGCCAGCUGUCCAGUCAUGAUCCUCACAGAGUUUAUGGAGAACGGAGCUCUGGAUUCUUUUCUGCGGCUGAACGACAGCCAGUUCACGCCCAUCCAGCUGGUGGGUAUGCUGCGCGGCAUCGCCUCCGGCAUGAAGUACCUGGCAGAGAUGAGCUAUGUCCACCGAGACCUGGCUGCCCGCAACAUCCUGAUCAACAGCAACCUGGUGUGCAAGGUGUCUGACUUUGGCUUGUCACGCUUCCUGCAGGAGAACUCCUCUGACCCGACCUACACCAGCUCUCUGGGAGGUAAGAUCCCAAUCCGCUGGACAGCGCCAGAGGCGAUAGCCUUCAGAAAGUUUACCUCAGCCUCAGAUGUGUGGAGCUAUGGCAUUGUCAUGUGGGAGGUCAUGUCUUUUGGAGAGAGACCGUACUGGGACAUGAGCAACCAGGAUGUAAUCAAUGCCAUAGAGCAGGACUACCGGCUGCCCCCGCCCCCUGACUGCCCCACUCACCUGCACCAGCUGAUGUUGGACUGCUGGCAGAAGGACCGCUCGGCGCGCCCCCGCUUCACGGAACUAGUCAGCGCCCUGGACAAGCUGAUCCGCAAUCCUGCAUCAUUGAAAAUAGUCGCGCAAGAAGGAGCAGGGCCGUCCUACCCCCUGCUGGACCAGCGUGCGCCUUUAUCCCUCUCGUCGUGUGCUUCGGUGGGGGAAUGGCUGAGGGCCAUCAAGAUGGAGCGCUACGAAGACAGCUUCCUGCAGGCCGGCUUCAACUCAGUGGACCAGCUGGCCCAAAUCACCACACAGGAUCUCCUGCACAUGGGAGUGACUUUGGCCGGGCAUCAGAGGAAAAUCCUUUCCAGCAUCCAGACAAUGACCUUUCGGAACAAGAGCACUACAACUGUGACCUUCUAGCUCACCUGUUUCCCAACCUGGACGUGAACACCAGCACGCAGGUGCAGCUAUGUACUGAGAGCACUCUGGAUCCUCUCCAGUGACACCACUUUGAACCCGGACUCCAAGGGAGAUUGGUAGAAUUUAUUCUUCGUGGCCAGGAAAAACUAAACAAAACAAAAAGAUUUUAAAAAAUCAGCAGCUAAAAGAUGACUUUCCCAUGAGGAUGAGAGAGUCGUCCAGAGACUGGCGAGUCCCCGUCACCCCCAGUGACCCAGGGGAUGAAGCGCAGACCGACUCUGCCUCAUUUUUACAGUUUGUGGUCAGUGUUUUUAUAUCUCCCAGAAGUUAGGAUCCAAUAAAUGUGCUAAACCAAGAGGAGAGACAGAUCAGAGUUUACAAAGUUUCUGUAGUAUCAUGUCAUUUUGAAAACUGGCAGUUGAUGUGUUGCUGACCGAAUAAAACAUCGCUUCACCAAAGGAGACCAAAAGAAAUGCCAGUGCCAUUGUUGUGUAAUUAUGAAUGAGAACUGCUUUCACCCUGCGUGUCUUGCAUUAAAUCCAUCUGGAUUACAUUACUAAAUUGGCACCUUUCACAUCAAGACUGAAUAUUUUAACUGUUGGAUUUUACUUCUUUUUUUCCCAUUUGAUUUCAACAUUACCUCCUCUUUACUCAGGUGUGAUGUGUAAUGCAGACUUUGGAGAGUGCUGUACUCGUCCUAAUCAGACUCCUCUCUUCCUCAGUCUGGCUCUCCCUUCAACCAGCUCAGCAAUGUGUGGGGGAGAGGAGAGACUCAGAGACAUAUCAGCACUUUUGUCAUUUCAGAGUGAAUUGUAAUCUUCAGUGACUCGGUGUGUUUCUCUUGGAGUGUGGUUGGUUAUUUCUACUGCCUGUGUUUCUGCUGGCAGCUCAGUUUUAUUCUAAUCAGACUGAACGAGGACCAAGUGGACUCAGAGACCAGAGAACACUGUAGAAUUGGGUUUUCUUUGUAGAAAAUUACCAAGGAAGCAAUCUGGCCUCAAACAUGUUUUUCUUGAUAUAACUGAUACAAUUUUUAAUUCUCUUCUUCUGUAUUCUCCAUCUUCCAGUGCCAUUCAGUCGUCUUUGUGGACUAAAAUGCCAAUUUUCUAAAGCAGAAAUCUCUCAUGGGUGAUUCAAUUUUGUCUCAUUUAAAUGUACUUUAAAGGAUCACUUUGACAUUUUGAAGUUUAGCGGAUUCUUUCCUUCAUCAGAUGCUUGUUGUGCAGCCGGCAAAAAUGCUUCUGCUCAUGGUUUCCUAACAUUUAGCAUGGCAAACAACACAGAGCUGACAGACUAGCUUGUAGCCGGCAGUAUCCAUUGGUUUCAGAGUGGAAUGCUACCAACAUUGUUAGGCUCCUGUUUGAUUAGCAGAGCAGCCUACCACACAUUAUUACAUGUGCUUAGUGAAGAAGAAUAAUGGACUGGAGUUCAAAAUGUCAAAGUAUUUCUCAAGGACUUUGCUCCUCUUGGAGGAUAAUACCAGCCUUUUUGACAUUUGGGUCAUGUAAAAUUUUUCCCAGGUAGCUCAGACCUGCAGUGAAUCAGGAAAAUAGAGCUUAUAUACAGCUUAUAUAAUGCAUACUAUAGUGAAAAAUUCUCUUCUUUUAGCUUUGUGUUUUGUUGUGUCUUUUGAUUUAUUGUUCAGCUGAAAAAUUCUUCUUUUUUUCAGGUUUUUAUUAAUAGCCUGUUGGACAUUUACAUUGUAUUUCUAUCAUAUGUGAUGGUUCAAAGUGCCAUUUACACACAUUUGAAGUCCAUUCAAAUGUGAUGAAGAACAUAAAUUCAAAUUCCCUUAAUGCACAUCAGAAGUUUAUAGUGCUACCACUUGAAGACCAAAUGCGGUCAAAACGUCUGCAAUUCCAAAAUCAGCCAUUUUCUUUUCCAACAUAAAUUUAUGUUAGGCCUCAGUCAAAAACCCUGGUAUUGUCAUGCAAGACUCUGAGAGAUGCCUUUAAGGAUUAUGGGAAAAGUGGUCUUCAUAUUGAAGACCAACUUUGAAGUGAUGAAUAGAUAAAAGUAUGUUUUAAAUGAUAAUAGAUAAAAGUAUGUUUUGGUUACCGUCCUGUGUGUAGGCUAAUCUGUAUUCAGUAUUCAUAAUAAAGAUGCACAGCGGUGUUUACCGUCAA